ACGUGGUGUUUUUUGACAGUAAAGUAAAUCUAUAUGUUAAAAACAUCGAACGAAUUCAAAACGUAUUUUGGAGUGUGUGUUUAUCAUGCAUAAAUGUAUAUUUCGAUAAGAAUACAAUACAAUAGUGUGGUUUAAACUAAGUUUUGAUAAAGACAUGGAAGAUAGAAGUGGAAGUGCAUAUUGUUUCAACGUUUUUGUUAUAAACAUCGGAUUAAAGUUAUCAACUUAAUUGUUAUAAACAUUGGAUUAACGAUGGCAUUAAGAUAACAAGAUGUCACGCGUCUGGUUUUGGUUAGCUCUGACAUGGACAUUCGUCUGCGGUACACAAGGACAGUGGACAUUUGGACCUGAUUUCUUCCGCGGCAUGAGUCAACUCCAAACUAACCUUAACCGGAUGACAAUGCAUAAGGCGACGCUAGGCGAACUGGCGGAACAAAGAUGCCAGGUCAAGAUGAACGCCGAGAUGGCGCGCGCACAGGAAGAGAUUCCAUUCGGGGAAUCAGGGCGCGUUUUUGUGACGUCAGAUGGCGGGCUGGGAUACGCGUAUAAUUCCACAGACGGAUAUAUGACGCUUUAUUCGCUCAGUCAAGGAAGUCCGCCCCAUGGCUACAUGUACCACUCGGGACCAUUCGGAACAUCUUACAGAUCAUGAUGAAUUCCGUCACUUCUCGACAGUUCUCGUGCUUUUCCGGCAUUUCCAUAAAAUGCUUAAAGAAGUAUUUCUGAGAUGUCAUAUCAUAUGUUCAGAAUAAACGUUUUCAUUGUA